AUGGCAACGAAUGAUUUUGUAAAUGAUUUGAAAAGUUUAUCUUUAUCUCAAUCCGAAAAUGUUUAUAUUGAAAUAGUUCAACGUCUAUUUCUUCGUUUAAAAUCUGCCACUCCGAAUGGAUUACUCGAAGAUAAACCAUUUGCUCUUUCAUUGAUCGAUAAUUUCUAUCGAAUAAUUCCAAUAUUUGAAAAGAAAUUAUCAAAUAAAAAUGCUGAAUCACAUGCAACAAAUUUAUUUCUCGAAACAUUACAGAAUGCAUGUCGUGGAGUUUUGCUAACAGAUUUAUUUUAUUCUGUUAAAGAUCCAUCACAUUUGAAAACUAUCUUUCAAAAUUACAUAUCUCUUCUCAAAGAAGAUUAUUUCCGUGAUGAUAAUAAUCAAUAUGGUCAUCUUGUGACUUGUUUAUUGGCAAUUACUGGUUUUUCAUGUCUUUUUAUCCCAAUAACUGAAGCAAAUCUGCCAUCAAAUUUUUUUCUCUAUUCAUUAGAAUUUACAAAAAAGAAUUGGAAAUCCGAUGAAAAAGCUGAACUUGUCAAUUACAUUUUAACAUUAAUCAAAAUCUUUAGUAAAAAACCUUUAUUAGUUCCAAUCAUUAUUCGUCAUCAAUGGCCUCAUGCAUGUAUUCAAUGGUUAACAACAUCGGGUCAACGACCAUCAUUCAAUACAGAUCUUCAUAUUUGUUAUAUUUUACAGAAAUUAGCUCGAUGUGCAACAGCUGUUGAAGUUUUGAAUGAAUUAAAUUGUGUUAAAUCAUUAAUUGAAAGUAAAGAACAAAUGAAGAAAGAUCAUAAUGAAAAAGAAUAUUCAACUAUUGAUUUUAUUCAAUCAAUAACUUAUGCUUUACUUAUCGAAUCUGAUGAAAUUAAACAAAAUUCUCUUCUUGCUGAUCAAUUCAUGUGUCAUAUUCUUGAACAAUUAAUUUCAGUAAUAUUACAUGCAUCUCAAUCUGAUUCGUUGAUCUAUCAAUGUUUUCAUAUAACUGAAGGUCUUGUUGUUUUAAGUAAAUUAUUUGUUAAUGAUGAGAUUUUGAAGAAAUGUUUAAAAGAAAGUAAUCAAUUAUUUGAUUGUUUGUCACAAUUAUUAAUUCGAUUUACAUCUGAAAUCCCAUUGAAUAUUCAAUGGGUACAAGAUGAAAUUUUAAUUACAUUAACAAAUCUUUUUUGGAGUAUUUCAUUUCAUCAAUUUUCACAUGAAAAAUUUCAAUCACAUACAAAACUUAUGAUCGUAUUAUCGAAUUUAUCAACAUCAUCGUCAUUAUAUACAAGUACACGAAUUGAUUCUGUUCCAUUAGAUUUAAGUUCAUUGAAAAAAGCCGCAGAAGGAAUUUUAUGGAAUUUAGAAUCAUUACGUUUACCUUUGUUAAAAGAGAAAAUUUAUCAAGAUCAACAAGAACCAUUGAUUAUGAUUAGUUAUUCACAUAUAGACAAAAUGUUUUGUCAUGAACUUGUAGAACAUUUAUCACAAUAUCUUUCGAUUUGGGUCGAUUAUAAACAAAUAAAAUCCGAAAAUGUAUGGGAAGAAAUUGCCAACGGAAUGGAAAAAGCCAACGUAAUUGUUUUGAUUAUUUCAAAAGAAUAUUAUGCGUCAAAAUCAUGUCGACAAGAAUUAUCCUAUGCAUGUGAUACUUUGGGAAAACGUAUUCUACCAAUAUAUGCUCCUAAUCAACAAUAUCAACCAAAUGGUUGGUUAGGUAUUCGAAUUGCUGGACAAAAAUAUAUUCAUUUUGGAAGAAAAUCAUUCAAAGAUGCUGCUAAUGAAUUGCUUUCCGUUGUACAUGUUGAGAAAAAAUUAGUUUUACCUGUCAAACCAACAAUUCAGAAUAUAGUUAAACAAGAAGAAAAAAACUCGGUGAAAGAUUGGACAAAGAAUGAUAUACAAAAAUGGUUCGAUGAGAAUCAUAUUCAUCAAGAUUUAUUCACACUUAUUGGGAAUCAUUUACUGACAGGUACAGCAUUGCUUCACUAUGCUCAACAUUUAAAACAAUUCUAUCGACAUGAAUAUGCACAAGUUUCAUCAAAUUACUCGAAAAAAUUCGAUGGAAAACAAUUGCAAACAGUCGAUUUCAUCACGUUUGUUGAUGCAUGUGAACGUUUAUAUGGAGGACAGAAGUCUUAA